GCAUGGAGCCCUUCUUCAGGAAGCUGCUGACCUUCCUGUCCUUCUUCUGGGACAAGAUCUGGCCGGCGGGCGCGCCGCGGUUCCCGAACCCGGACUCCGACGCCGACGUGGAGCCGGAACCCGCGGCAGCGGAGCCCCCCACCGCGGAGCCCUGCAACCCCCCGGCCCCCGCGCAGCUCUUCAGGGCUGACUUCACGGCGCGGAGCGCGGAGGACCUGAGUGUCAGCCGCGGGGAGAGGCUGCACGCCCUCAGGGAGGAGGGCGGCUACAUCCUCGCCCGCCGGCUCGCGGGCUGGCCUAGCACGGGGCUGGUGCCCAUCACCUACGUGGCCAAGGCCGCCCCUGAGACGCUCUGGAACCAGCCGAUAAAAGACCUGAACGGAACUUCACUAAAGAGAAUGCACCAUUCAGCACAGGGAGAGUUCUUCAACGUCAUCAGUUAUAAGAGAAAUGGAAUUAAAACCAGGAUGGGAUAGCAUCGCACGCCCAUUAGAAGAGCUAAAACAAAAUCUCCAACAAGAGACUGACGAGAACAAGUGCUGUUGAGGGCGUGGAGCAACUGGAACUCUCACAGGCUGCUGUGGUAUGCGAAAUGGUACCAGUACCCUGGAGACCAGUGUGGCCGCUUCUUAGAAAGUGAGUCACAUGCCUGACAAAUGAUCAAGCGAUCCCACUGCUGGGCAUUUGUCCAAGAGAAAUUCAAACUUAUGUUUGCAAAAACCUGUACACAAAUGCCUAUGGUGGCUUUAUUCAUAACUGCCAAGACUGGAAACAACCCAAACAUCACCUAGUGGGUGAAGGAUAAGCAAAUUGCGGUCCAUCCACACACGGAAUACUGUUCAUUGUUAAAAAGGAACGAACCACUGAAACACGUAAUCACCUGGGUGACUCUCAAAGCAUUAUGCUGAAUGAGAGAAGCCGGACCUGGGACCUCCCUGGUGGCGCAGUGGUUAAGAAUCCGCCUGCCGCAAGAGGGAGGAGAUAUGGGGACAUAUGUCUAUGUACAGCUGAUUCACUUUGUUAUACAGCAGCAACUAACACACCAUUGUAAGGCAAUUAUACUCCAAUAAAGAUGUUAAAAAAAAAAAAAAAAGAAUCUGCCUGCCAGUGCAGCGGACAUGGGUUCGAGCCCUGGUCCAAGAAGAUCCCACAUGCCACGGAGCAACCAAGCCCUGCGCCGCAACUGCUGAGCCUUCGCUCUAGAGCCUGUGAGCCACAACUGCUGAGCCCAUGUGCCACAACUACUGAAGCCUGCGUGCCUAGAGCCCGUGCUCUGCAACAAAGAGAAGCCACUGCGAUGAGAAGCCUGCGCACCACAACGAAGAGUAGCCCCCGCUUGCUGCAACUAGAGAAAGCCCGUGCGCAGCAACAAAGACCCAACGCGGCCAAAAAUAAAUAAGUAAAUAAA